ACAGAUGUCUGAUGUCUGACAUUUUUCCUCACUUGCUACUCCUCUUCCUUGUACCUCACAGGAGAUGAACAAAGACAUGAAUGAGAGAAACGAGGAAACAGUUAAAGCAUUUAGCACGCAGGUGAACUGAAUGAACAAAUGGACAGAUUAAGCAUAGCAAACCAUCAGACAAAUGUCUUCCCUCAGCUGGCACUAGAUGAAAAGUCAUUUGAGGGAACACUAAUGUCCGAAUGAAAUAUUACCUUUAUGGCAGUGCUAUAGGGUUGCAAAGACUACUGUGACUGUAAUAUUUUUACUUUGGAUUUUUUUUAAGUGAUUGUGAAACUGUCUUUUACCUUUUGCUGUGAAAACAUUUUUCUGUUAGACCUGGAGGAGGCACCGUGAGCAGCAGUGCUGCAUUUGUAGCUGUUGAGGUUUUCAGGUUUGCUUCACAAUGUGACUGUAUGAGCUUGAACAAAUGAGCUUGUUACAGUAUCUCGUUUUGUUUUUUUGUUUUAUUUUUCCUUUUUAUUUUUGGUAAUGUUUGGAGCAUCUAAUGUUUGGGAGUGAAUCUGAAAACUCUAAUGAAAGAAAGAAAGAGGACAAAUAGAGUCAAAUAAUGGGGAGAACAUUUGUAACAUUUCAUCAUCACUGCUCACAGAGUUCCUGAACACAACAGGCAGUACACUCCUUCUGUGUGCAGCAUCGCUCUCUGCUGGUUUCUUUCUGUCAUUACACCUCAUUGGCCUCUGUCCUGCCGCACGUCAACGCAUUGUCCUCAGUGUGACUGUUGUUUCGGAGUUUUGCGGUGGGGGUGCGGCUGCUUUCAGUCUUAUCUACUUUGGGGAUUUUCUUUCUGAAUUGAUGUACUGUUGAUCCUGUAGUUUGUCAGGAAACAUUACACCUGUUACAUGCAGACCACGUGUUAUAUUUUCUUAAAGGCACUGGGUCGGAUACUAGUGACUACUGAUAUGCACUUAAUUGGUAUCCACCUGUGUUUUUAUGCCCGUAUUUUUCAUUCAGUUCCCCUCUCGUCCAUGGGAGCUCCUGCUGCCUUUACUGUCUCCUUGUAAAGCUUUUCUAUAUCGAAUUAAUAGUCACGCAUGCAUUGUGUUAUGUUUAAUUUGUGUGCUUACCCAGAAGAAACGACAAAUUACACCUUAAAACCCUAAAAGACACUGUAACACCGGAGUGUCUAUGGUGGAAGAUGGCUUAUUUUGCAAUCUAGUAACAAAAACUAAACUAAAUAGAGUUGUUGUGAUAAUACCUAUUUUAGGUGUCGUGUAUUUUUAAUUCUAUGGAGAAGCAUUCGAUCCUUCAGUUUAACUUAAAAAUCAUCAAACUGGGAGAAGUAUGGCUUUCACUCGGCAUGAAACGAAGCAGAACGGAAUGACAGUCUUGAAGGCAACACCCUAUCACAGCAUCGCCGGAUCUCUCAGGUGUCUGCUGGGCGGCUGCACAGCGGAGCCAAUGGAGGAGAUUUAGCGCGGCGGCAUGGCGGACAGAGAGAAGAGGAAAGCCACCCCGCCGUCUGGCCGUAACAUCCAGGUGAACUCCCCGGCCGGCUUCAGGUUGACCCAUGACAUCAGCCUGGAUGAGUUUGAAGAUGACGACCUGUCAGAGAUUACGGAGAUCACCGAUGAGUGUGGGAUGAGCCUUAACUGCAAUGGCCCGGAUAUAAAGGGCCAUGUGAGGAGAGGAACCAAUAGCAUGUCGGGGAAGGCAGAGCUGGGCGCCGUUGGUCAGCUCCAGGCGGAGAUGCUGCAUUUGGAACUUAUCGACGGUGCUGACGGUUACCGCGGUGACAAAGAGUCCUCAAAGGCGUCUGCCAUUGCACCCCCACCACUCAUCAAAGACCCUGCAGCACCUGUUACCAUGGAUACCUACCGGCCCAAGAGACCCACGACCCUUAACCUCUUCCCGAUUGUGCCGCGCACACAGGACACAUUAAACAACAACUCCUUUGGGAAGAAAUACAGCUGGCAGGAGAAGGUUUCGGGCUCGUCCUCGCCACUUAAAACAGGUGAGCUCACACCUCCACGUGAGCACAGCUGUCUAAGCGACGAGGACAAAGUCCAGGGCGGGGGAGCACAGACUAAAGACCGCGGGACCUCCACAGACGCCCCCUGCAGACACAGCCACACCUCCGGACACUCGCACGGCUCAUCUACAGCGGCUGCGACACGCUCCAAACUUCAGGAGAAACCACCUGCACCUCCGCCACCACAGAACUAUACACCAGCUCCUCUAUACCCAGCAGGGAAGGCGGACGGAAGCAGUAACCACCGGGAGAGGAUCCGCUACCACACGGACGUUCAUCUAGAACCCACAGAGGAGAUCUAUCUGACUCCUGUGCAGCGUUCCGCUGACCCUUUGGAACCCCCCAGCGUACAGGACCGACCAUUCCUCUCACAGCAGACUGAGCAGGGCCGCAUGUCUAUCAGCUCAGACACAGAGGGCCCGCCUCCCUACCAGCCUCUCCCAGACCGGACAAACCCCUCCAUCUAUGAGGAGGAUGAGGUCUACAUCCCCCCGCCUUCAUAUGCUUCCUGUGUAGAGUCCCUCAUCACGCCGCCCAGCAUGGCUCUCUCAGCUCGCCCCUCCCUCGCGUUGGACCUCAGCUUGAAGGGGGAGGGAACGGGGGCUGGGGUCAUGCUGAGACCCGGGUCAUCAGUGGAAUAUGUGGAUGCCACAGAUGAAAGUUACUGUGGGGAGGAUGAGGAUGUGGACAGGAUAAUAAUGGAUGGAAGGAUGAGGAAGGGGGGAGGAAAGGGGGAUGGGGGUUGCAGCAGGGUCCCUGUAAGGACUUCCAUGAGCUCAGAGGCCAGCGGCCUUUCAUAUGACUCGGUCAAAUACACACUGGUGGUGGAUGAGCACGCUCAGUUAGAACUGGUCAGUCUCCGGCAGUGUUACCAAGGCUACAGUGAUGACAGCGACUCGGCCACCGUCUACGACAACUGCGUCUCUUCUCCUUACGAGUCAGCCAUCGGUGAGGAGUACGAGGAGGAAGAUGAGGAGGACGAGGACGGUGCUCGGAUAGGAGGAGUGAGGAGAGAGGCCACAGCUUGUCUAUCUGAAGACUCCACUCCAGAGGGCGACCUGCACUUCUCCAAGAAGUUCCUCAAUGUCUUCAUGAAUGGACGCUCUCGCUCCUCAAGUGCGGAGUCCUUUGGCUUAUAUUCUUGUAUCAUAAAUGGAGAGGAAAAGGAUCAGAGCCACAGAGCUGUGUACAGGUUUGUCCCUCGACAUGACGAUGAGUUGGAGCUUGAGGUGGAUGAUCCUUUGCUGGUGGAGGUCCAGUCGGAGGAUUACUGGUACGAGGGCUACAACAUGCGAACUGGAGCCCGUGGGAUCUUCCCAGCUUACUAUGCUGUAGAGGUGACCAAGGAUCCCGAGAGCUUCAAAGUGAAGAGCAGUGAGUGGAUGGACAGAUACCGGCUGAAGUUCCUGGGCUCCGUUCAAGUGCCGUUUCACAAAGGAAAUGAUGUUCUGUGUGCAGCUAUGCAGAAGAUUGCCACCAACAGAAGGAUGACAGUCAAGUACAACCCGCCUUCCUCCUGCAUCCUGGAGAUCAGUGUGAAGGGCAUCAAGCUUUCGGUUCAAGAGGAUUAUUAUGCCUGUGACAGAAGCAACGAGUGCAAUCACUUCUUCCAGUUAAAGAACGUCUCUUUCUGCGGCUAUCACCCCAAAAACAGCAAGUAUUUUGGUUUUAUUACGAAGCAUCCUGCAGACCACAGAUUUGCCUGCCAUGUGUUUGUGUCUGAAAACUCCACCAAACCUCUCGCAGAGUCAGUAGGGAAAGCCUUCCAGUUGUACUAUAAAGAGUUUGUGGAGUUCUCCUGCCCUACAGAGGACAUCUAUCUGGAAUAGCCCUGCCCUGCCUUCAGCCACAUCCCUGUACAGUAUACUGUAUCAUAACAUAGUGUUGCAUGAAGGAUGGACAUAUCAAAUAAUACAAAAAAAUAAAAAUAAAAAAAUUAACACAUCUGACAGACAAGCGCGACAAGAAGGAUCAAGUACUGGAACUGUGGUGAAACCUUUGUGCAGCAAGAAGAGAUGAAAAUGAGCCAAAGCAGGAGCGUAUUGAGGAAAGAAAAUAUGCAAAAUGGAGUCAGUGAUGAGGUGCUGAUCACAGCCUGCCCAUGGAAAGCACAAACUUUGUAUCACCGCAGCCUUGGCAGCGCUAGUUAGCCUGUGCCAUCGUCUCAUCAGGUGCAACACUGAAAGCCCAGGAGCCGCACUGGACUGCACCAGCUUGUACUUGCACUUGACAAAAGAAAAACAGCAUCUAAAAUUUGGAGACAUGAGCACAUGAUAAAAGUUGGCUCUGGCUUACGUAUUUAAGGUCUGAGCAUGAGCGACGUGUAUAUUUACUAAAAAACAUCCUCGCACAGAAAACAUACACUAACUGAACCAAAUCCAUGUAGGGCCAGUGAAUCUUACACUUUUAGCACACCUGAUAGGAAGGUGACGUCCACGUUGUUCAGUGGCAAUGGAAAAAUCCACCCUAAAACACUGUCAUAAAACCAGCUGCAGGUGAUGCUUUUUGCAUUUCCAGGUUCCUUUUUAUUGUUUUGGUUUCAGGGGUCAAACCUUGUUGCCAAAUCUAGGCAAUUUAAUCAUCUGUUGGAAAGAUAGUUGGAAACUAUUUUGAUAAUCAGUGGAGAAAGUAAAUUCCAACUUUGGCUCUGAGUAAUUGUGAUUAGCAUUUUUCACUCUUGUCUUAUGUUUUGUGGAACAAAUGAUUAAUUGAUAAAUGAAAAUCAUUAUUUGCAGCCUUACACCCAAUAUUAAGUAGGAUUCAAGGACAUGAAAUGGUUUUUUUUCUUCGCUUUCAAACAAGGUCAGAGUAGAAACGGACUGAAUCUUAAGUGCAGUUUCAGGAUGUAGCAUAUAAACUAUAUUUCCAAAACAGCAAAGCCGCAAGGCCCAGCAUCACUACUUGUUCCUCUAGUAAACAGUGGUUAAUGUAGAUGCAAGUACGCCAACAGAUCUUGUGUAGUAGUCCUUGGAGUCAAAGGGCCACCCCUUUCCGCCUACGUCCACCCACACCAAAUAACCCCUGGAGUGUACUGAGCAUCACUUGUUUGUGAUUAAAAAAAAAAAAAAAAAAAAAAAAAAAA